AGCAGGCCGCACCGGGCGGGAACCCCACUCCCACCCCGGAGGCCCCCUGCCCUUUCUCCCCUUUUCCCCCCGGCCCAUGGUGCGAGGCUGGGAGCCGCCGCCCGGGCCGGACUGCGCUAUCUCUGAAGGGCACAAAUCAGAAAGCACCAUGCCUCCUAAUAAAGAGGCCAGCAGUCUUAAUAGCUCCCCGGCGGGGCUCAUCUGCCUCCCUCCAAUCUCCGAGGAGCUACAGCUUGUGUGGACCCAAGCAGCCCAGACCAGUGAGCUGGAUGGCAAUGACCACUUGCUACAAACCUUCAGCUACUUUCCCUAUCCCAGUCUAGCAGACAUUGCCCUUCUCUGUUUACGCUAUGGGCUGCAGAUGGAGAAAGUCAAGACUUGGUUCAUGGCCCAGUGCCUCCGCUGUGGCAUUAGCUGGUCAUCUGAAGAAAUAGAAGAGACUCGAGCCCGAGUGGUCUACCAUCGGGACCAGCUCCAUUUCAAAUCCUUUCUCUCUUUUACUCAUCAUGCAGGGUGGCCCCCAGAGGAGGUGCCUCCUUCUCCGAUGCGACCUCCAGAACAAGUGGGUCUUGGAAUAGUGCCCCUGACUCUUAGUGAGCCCACCCAGAUGAAAGGAUUGAAGGUGGAGCCUGAGGAGUCCUCAGAGCUGCUGAGUCACCAGAAAGCAAAGGAACCCCUGAUGGCACCUGGCAGUGGGACAUUCCCCCACCAAUCCGAUUAUUGGCAGAAUCUUCAAAGCAGUGGCUUCUCUAAGGAGCAGGCAGGCAGGGGUCCCAACCAGUCACAUGGCCUAGGUUCUGCUUCAUGGAAUCACUCCACAGCUGUCCACCAGCCACAUGCUCGGGAUAAGCUCCCACCAAUCUCACUACUUGCUAGUAGUUGUAAGCAGGAGUCAGCAUCUAAUAUGACUCCUCCUUCUUCCUCUACCUCUUCUUCCACUUUCCCGGUACUGGCUAACGGAGCUACUGCCACCUCUAAACCCCUCCAGUCACUGGGCUGUAUCUCACAGCCACUGUCACCCAAUGAACAGGCACUGCCCCCACAUCUGGAGCCAGCCUGGCCCCAAGGGCUAAGACAUAACUCAGUAUCAGGUAGGGUUGGCCCUGCAGAGUACCUUUCCCCAGAUAUGCAACGCCAGCAAAAGACCAAGCGCAAAACCAAAGAGCAGCUGGCUAUCCUCAAAUCUUUUUUUUUACAGUGCCAAUGGGCACGGCGUGAGGAUUACCAUAAAUUAGAACAGAUCACUGGCUUACCUCGACCUGAGAUCAUUCAGUGGUUUGGUGACACACGCUAUGCCUUGAAGCAUGGGCAACUAAAAUGGUUUCGGGACAAUGCAGUACCUGGUGCCCCUAGUUUCCAGGACCCAGCAAUUCCCAAACCCCCACCUUCAACCCGCUCCUUGAGUGAAUGGGCUGAGACACCACCUCUGCCGAACCCCCCACCCCCACCGGAUAUAUGACCCUUGGAGAGGUACUGGGCAGCCCAUCAACAGCUAUGGGAAAGUGAUAUCCCUCAACUGAGUCAGGCAUCAAGGCUUAGCACCCAGCAGGUACUGGAUUGGUUUGACUCUCGAUUACCUGAGCCAGCUGAGGUGGUGGUUUGUCUAGAUGAAGAGGAGGAAGAGGAGGAGGAAGAACUGCCAGAAGAUGAUGAGGAUGAAGAGGAGGAGGAGGAAGACGAGGAUGACGAUGAUGAUGUGAUCAUACAGGACUGAGUCGGGGGGACUAGGGGAGGGAAGGUCUGUUACUAAAAGAUGAACCAACUUAGUAACUGUUUAA